AGUCCUCUAUCUGCAAUGGUGUUUGUCUGGCGAAGAGGCCCUGGAUCCUGGCGCCUGCUGCUCUCGCUUCUGGUCUUCUUUGCUUCCUGGGAGGCGGGGAGCGGCCAGCUGCACUAUUCGGUCCCCGAGGAGGCCAAACACGGCACCUUCGUGGGCCGCAUCGCGCAGGACCUGGGACUGGAGCUGGCGGAGCUGGUGCCGCGCCUGUUCCGGGUGGCGACCAAGGACCGCGGGGACCUUCUGGAGGUAAAUCUGCAGAAUGGCAUUUUGUUUGUGAAUUCUCGGAUCGACCGGGAGGAGCUGUGCGGGCAGAGCACGGAGUGCAGCAUCCACCUGGAGGUGAUCGUGGACAGGCCGCUGCAGGUUUUCCAUGUGGAGGUGGAGGUGAAGGACAUUAACGACAACCCACCCUUGUUCAGAGAGAAAGAACAAAAGGUACUUGUUUCUGAAUCUGCGCCUCUGGACACUCAGUUUCCCCUAGAGGGCGCUUCUGACGCGGAUGUCGGCAUAAAUUCUCUUCUGACCUAUAUGUUAAGUCUAAAUGAGCAUUUUGCGCUUAAAAUAGUGACCAAAAAAGAUAGACGUAUAUUGCCUGUAUUAAUUCUUCGGAAGUUAUUGGACAGAGAGGAAACACCACACUUUAACUUAUUGCUGAUGGUCAUCGAUGGCGGUAAACCAGAGCUAACAGGGUCUGCUCAAAUUCAAGUAACAAUUCUGGAUGUGAAUGACAAUGCACCUGAGUUUGAUAAGCCUAGCUACAAAGUGGUGUUGUUUGAAAAUGUCGAAAACGACACGAGAGUAAUUCAACUAAACGCUUCUGAUCGAGACGAAGGCCCGAAUAGAGAAAUUUCCUAUGGAAUCAGGCUGAUUUUGCCAACGAGUGAGAAAUGUAUGUUUUCAAUAAAUCCAGACACAGGUGAAAUUAGAAUAUAUGGUAAAUUGGACUUUGAAGAAAAUCAUGCUUAUGAAAUUCAAGUUAACGCCAUUGAUAAAGGGAUUCCUUCCAUGGUAGGUCACAGCACAGUCCUGGUGGAAGUUCUGGACACAAAUGACAACAUACCAGAGAUAAAGAUUACUUCGAUGUCACUCCCUGUGCGAGAGGAUGCUCAGGUGAGCACCGUUAUUGCAGUGAUUAGUGUGUCUGAUUGUGACUCUGGCUCCAACGGGCAGGUGUCCUGCUCCCUGACACCCCACGUACCUUUCAAGCUGGUGUCCACUUUCAAGAAUUACUAUUCCUGGUCCUUGACGGCCCUGGACCGAGAGACCAUAUCUGACUAUAAGGUGGUGGUGACCGCGCGGGACGGGGGCUCGCCCUCGCUGUGGGCCACGGCCAGCGUGUCCGUGGAGGUGGCCGACGUGAACGACAACGCGCCUGCGUUCGCGCAGCCCGAGUACACGGUGUUCGUGAAGGAGAACAACGCGCCGGGUUCGCACAUCUUCACGGUGUCGGCGCGGGACGUGGACGCGCAGGAGAACGCGCUGGUGUCCUACUCGCUGGUGGAGCGGCGGGUGGGCGAGCGCGCGCUGUCGAGCUACGUGUCGGUGCACGCGGAGAGCGGCAAGGUGUACGCGCUGCAGCCGCUGGACCACGAGGAGCUGGAGCUGCUGCAGUUCCAGGUGAGCGCGCGCGACGCUGGCGUGCCGCCCCUGGGCAGCAACGUGACGCUGCAGGUGUUCGUGCUGGAUGAGAACGACAAUGCGCCCGCGCUGCUGGGGCCUGCUGUGGGCGGCGCGGUGAGCGAGCUGGUGUCGCGGUCAGUGGGCGCGGGCCACGUGGUGGCGAAGGUGCGCGCGGUGGACGCGGACUCUGGCUACAACGCGUGGCUGUCUUAUGAGCUGCAGCCGGCGGCGGGUGGUGCGCGCAGCCCGUUCCGCGUGGGGCUGUACACGGGCGAGAUCAGCACGACGCGCGCCCUGGACGAGGCUGAUGCGCCGCGCCAGCGCUUGUUGGUGUUGGUGAAGGACCAUGGCGAGCCAGCGCUGAUGGCCACUGCCACCGUGCUGGUGUCUUUGGUGGACGGUGGUCAGACACCAAAGGCCUCUUCGAGGGCAUUGGUGAACGCUGCAGACCCAGAGGUAGCGCUGGUGAAUGUCAACGUGUAUCUGAUCAUCGCCAUCUGUGCGGUGUCCAGUCUGCUGGUGCUCACGUUGCUGCUGUACACCGCGCUGCGUUGCUCAGCGGCGCCCCCCGGGAGCAUGUGCGGGCCUGGGAAGCCCAUGCUGGUGUGCUCCAGCGCGGUGGGGAGCUGGUCGUACUCACAGCAGAGGAGGCAUAGGGUGUGCUCUGGGGAGGUGCCACCCAAGACUGACCUCAUGUCUUUCAGCCCCAAUCUUCAGCAGCCUCAAGAAGAUUGUUUAAAUCCCUCCAGCGAAGUAAGUCGUUGA